GAAGAAACCAUAGACCAAGUAUCGAUAUUCUCGAGAGCCUCGAUACCGCUUCUGCGCUUUGCUUUGAUUCCGCCGAAAGAGGAAAGGGAGCGAAACUCCGGAGCAAAAUUAUGCAUCCAGUCGAGAUUAUACGGAGUACGAAUUAAAACCCGUGGCAAGGAUUAAAUUCUCACGUUUCUCAAAAACACUUUUACAAAAUUAUAUACAUAUUAUUGAAAAAAAAUGCUGCUGACGUUCCUUUACAUGGUAGCUACAGUUACCCAGUCACGAAGGAUAUCUUUUUUCAAAAAGCACAUGCAGUCUAUUUUCAAGGGAAACAAACGUAGUUCUUCAUUUAUGCUUUACAUCAAAUCACCUCAGCAUUUGAUGAACGGAGACUAUAACGAACCCAGGCAGGACGAGAACUUCAUGAGUUCUCACUUGUGUCUUAACAAGGAUCUUGCUAAACUUGGUGAAUUAUUGUGGUAUCAAGAUGACAUGAAAUUAUGCACCAUAUAUCCCCAACAACAGAUCAGUGUGUGGGAUUGGGUGAGCUGUCCACAAGGAAAUUCAUUGUUUCCUUUGAAUAUGAACAACAGUUUCAAAACUUCGGACGAAGCUGAUCACAAGAUGCAUAUUCUUGUGGAAGCAGAUCUCGAGACUUACAGACCUCAGACUUCGAUGAUCACUACAAAACUUGAAGACUACGGUCUGAUCACAUCAUGGACAACAAAUGAUAAUAUCAGUUUUAUUCUGGAAACUAAUAUUGAUUGCAUUACAAGUUUCAUCAUUGCGAUCAUGCAGGGACAAAAUUACAUUAACAAUAAUUUAAUUCUAACGCGUAUACAAUCUGUCGUGGUGUCAGGUAAACCGUGUGUUUUUGACAGCGAGAAUUCUUUCUUGCCGCCAGAGAAAGAUAUUCUUCGCGCGAUAAGUCACGCGGCUAGAAUUGCGUCAGAUCAAAAUAAGCCUACAGAAGUUGCUCAAGUAUCUGGCGUGAUCGUACAUCCGCAAAACAAAGAUCUGAACAAUGAAACAAAUUCGAGUCCUGCAGGAACUACUGAAAAUAAUGAUGUUAAAACAUCGAGCGUUUCUACACCAGCAACGCCUCCUUCAACGCCAAUUGCAACUUCUGUCACAAAAAAACCGAGUGUGCAACCUGGUAUAAACUCAUCUGCAUCAACAGAGAAAGUGCCUACAGCAACUAGUGGAAGAGAAAAUAAAUUUGACGAUUUAGCUAAAACCCAGUUAUCUAGUGCUAUGGAACGAAAAGACAAUACGUUACUUGAUAUCGAUAGUAAAAUUUCUACUAUGAAUAUUUCUCAGAGUAAACCCACUGGAAAAACAGACUUUCCAACCGCUUCUACAAGUUCGAAAAUAGAAGAAAAAGGAAAAAUGAGCAAAGUCGUUAAACCACCGACGAUAGUCGUUUACGCGGACAGCCCGGACGCAGUCACUAAUGUGAUAAACGUGUUAGAAAAAACGCUGGAACCGGACAGAUACGUCAUUUACGAAUUAUCGCGAGAAGAAGCUCGCUCAAACGUGUGGACGGAUCAAGUCGCGUUGGCUGUUAUUUGCGGAAAUGUUGACGCCGAAAUUGGCUCUCAACUUGUGGAAUAUAUCAUACAGGGUGGUAAGCUUCUAGCUUUAUGCUCCGACAUGCUGCACACCCUUCUACCGUCUUUCAAAACUGCGGAGGUGCGGGAAAACGAACUCGUCCACUUUUCUUACGGCAAAUGGAAACGCGUGCGUAUGAUGCAUCAUAUUUUUUGCUAUCACGCGUCUCCCGUGCGAGCUCGAUUUUCUCAAGAUCAGGAAGAUACAAGAUCAUCCGUAUUGAAUCCCCCGACAUCGACCAGAAUCAAAGACAAAAGGGGAGAAUUUCAUUCGUUCGACGUGAAAGUUUUGGGCACGGAAGAAACGUGGCACAAUCCGAGCAUAUUGCUCGCGACUCUGGCCAGUAGCGGCGGUAAAGUGGUGUUUUCCCAAAUCCAUUUGGAAGUAGAUCCAACGCAAUACGAAUACGAGGAAUAUAAAUUUAAGGCGUUGAAGGAGAGCAACGCCGCACGCUUAGAAAUAAUCAACGAUCUGCUUAGCACGCAUUUAAGAAUCGAGACGACAAAGAUUAAAAAUAUCACCGAACCCGUAAAAUAUACUCACGGUUACUUUUUAGGCAAAUUUGAGAUGAAAGUAAGAAUGCUUAGAAAUCUAAAAGGACUAAAUGAGGACGAUGUACUGACAUUGCCGAAAUUAGUUAUUCAGUUUUACAAAGACGCACGCAACGCGAAAGCUCCAUCGGCUACUUUUCUUCCGAUUAUGAUGCAUUUGUGUCCGACUAAUUUCUCGACUGUGGAUUAUUACAAUUAUCUCAUUACAAAGGCCUUAGGUCGCUUGGUAAUAUAUGCAGAAAUUUUAACGUCAUCCAUGCACGCGACCGAAGGCCACUUGGAACAUGGACUGACGGUUAUUCCACGGCAGCAAACACAAGGACACGGUCGAGGUCGCAAUGUAUGGCUCAGUCCGAUAGGUUGUGCCAUGUUUACUGUACAAGUUCACAUUCCUAAGGAUUCUAUACUCGGUAGUCGCAUCUCGCUUCUUCAACACAUAGCUGCUGUAGCACUCGUGUCAGCUGUAAGAUCUCAAUCAGGAUACGAGGACAUCGACCUCAGACUGAAAUGGCCUAAUGAUAUCUAUGCGAACUCGACCAAAAUCGGUGGCCUGAUCGUAUCUACUCUGGUAGAACAGUCAUUGUGUAUUUGCAAUGUCGGCGCUGGUGUGAAUCUCAGCAAUAGCAAGCCCACAACGUGUAUCAACGAUGUGAUCGUUCAAUAUAAUCAAAAACAUGGUACAAAAUUAGAUACGUUCUCUUACGAAAAGUACUUAGCGUUCGUUUUCAACGAAUUGGAAUAUAACUUGGACAAGUGUCAAAACGAUCAUAUGGAGAGUUUUUAUGAUCUCUAUUACAAAUAUUGGUUGCACAAAAAUGCAAAUGUCACGGUGAUAGACUCAAGCGGAAAAUCCAAAAAUGUUACGAUACUAGGUAUUGAUGAUUUUGGAUUUUUAAAAGUACGAGCGGACACGGACGCAAUAUUCACCGUUCAUCCGGAUGGGAAUAGUUUUGAUCUUCUCAAGGGACUGAUAUCACCGAACUAAGAAGCUAAAUGUAAAGUUGUUAAUUCUUGUUCUGAAGUUUUCUGUGCAUUUUAUGUACUACCGUUCAUUAUAUACAUAUACAUACAUAUAUAUAUAUAUAUAU